AUGGACGACGAUGCGUGGCUCGUCAACCCACACACUCGGGACGCGACCAGUUCUGGCAAGGCCCAGGAGCUGAGUAGCCUGCCGGUACCGGUGGACCUGACGGAUGCCGAUGACUUCCCCUUGCUGAAGCAGCAGCACGAUGCUGUGAUGCGCAGGUUAGAUAUCCAGGACGACCUGCUGCACCAGCUGCUCGCGAGCCUGCAGGUUCCUGGGCUCCCAAGCGUCGGCAGUGAGCCGCUCUUGGGGAGCGACUCGCAGGAGGAGGUAGGAAGUUUGCCGGUCGUGCGGCCGGUGCUGAGCUACACACAGGAGGACCUGCAGUUGCAGGAGAGUGCCAUGCACGUGGCUGCCUCCCGAAAGAGGAGGCGGUUCUCAACGCGCUCCGUACACGGUGUGCAUCCGCCGGGAGGCUGGCGCCUGAGAAGAAUAGUGCAGACGCAGGCGUUUGAGGCGUUCUUCGCCCUCGUCGUCCUAUCGAAUGCCGUCUUCAUCGGCAUCGAGGUGCAGCGGGACGUGGAAUUCAGCGGGGCCGAAACACGGCCCGUCUGGCUCUACGUCGUGCAGUACACGUACACCGUGUUGUUCACGCUGGAACUCGCGCUCCGCAUCGGUGCAUUUGGAGUCAUGUGGUCUUUCCGUUAUUCCGAGGAUCGCUUCUGGAGCUGGCUGGACGCCUUCAUCGUGGCGAGCGCGCUCUGGGAGGUUGCUGUGGACAUCCUGGCAGCUGUAGAGGCCUCCGCGGAUGGCCUUCAGGGCAUCCCGGGCAUCACCAACCUCAAGUCCUUCCGCCUGGUGCGGCUGACGCGGCUCAUGAAGAUGUCGCAGUUCAUGCGCAUCUUCCGCUUCGUCAUGGCCCUGCGGACCUUGGUCGCGUCGAUCGUCUACACGCUGAAGGCCUUGCUGUGGGCUCUAGUCCUGCUCCUUCUCAUCGUGUACGUCUUCGGUGUGCUUUUCACCCAGGCGGUGAACGACCACAGGAGUGACCCCAGUGUGGAGUUUUCCCUUGAAGAGACCACCGCGAGUGAGAAGUAUUGGAGCUCCCUGCCGCUGAGCAUGCUCAGCCUCUUCAUGAGCAUCGCAGGCGGGGUCAGUUGGCAGGAAGUGAUACCUCCGCUGAAAGCUAUGUCCGUCGUGUGGGUAUUCUUCUUCCUGAUGUUCAUUGCAUUUAGCCAGCUGGCAGUCCUAAACGUCGUAACUGGCGUUUUUUGCCAGAGCGCUAUCCAGAGUGCCCAGAACGACGAUACUGCUGUGAUGCAGACUUUGAUGGACGAGAAGGAGAAGCACCUGAAGUCCCUCCGGAAGCUUUUCGUCCAAGUUGGCCUGUCCACUGCAGAUGUCAUCACCUUCGAUGCUUUCGAGGAGAAGCUCGACACCCCGCCCGUGCGCGAAUACUUCGAGUCGGUGGGCCUGGACGUGCGGGAUGCCUGGACGUUCUUCCGGCUGCUGGACCAGGAUGGCAGCGGUGUCGUCGAUGUCGAGGAGUUCUUUAUGGGCUGCUUGCGCUUCAGGGGCCCGGCACGAUCCCUGGACGUGGGCCGGCUGAUCCAAGACCAAAGGUGGCUGAUAAACAACGUGGACAAGAUCCAUGGCCAACUCAAGUCAGAGAUUCUCGGGGUACGGCGAGACCUACAAGGACUCCACGCCUUCGUGCGUUUGCAAGGGCCGACGGAGUGGGCGCCGAGCAACUGGAAAGCCUAG